CGUUACAAAGAUUAGCUGGGAACAAAGCGCUGAAUCCAGACAACGCUAGUUCGCCAGUCAACCGUGCAAGCAAGCGCAAGUCAGAACGUCGUCUGUUGGGGAUUUUGAAUUGUUUAAAUAGUGAUUUACUUUGUAUUCGGGACCCAGCUCAAUAGUAAAGUAGAUAAGGCGAUUUGACGUUGCUGGCAUAUCGGUCUCCAGUAACAGCGAAGUGAUGGCAGAGCGCGAGCAAUCGCGCGGCGGAGGCCAAGAAGGCUUGGAGGACAUCCUCCAACAGCGGGACGAAGGAGGACACCAGAAUGGCGGAGCACCUAGUUACCCGGAGGGGGCCGAUGCGGAAAGGGACGAGGAAGGCUCAGAGGAGGGACAGGAAGAGUCGUCAGACAGCGACGACGCCCGCAAAGAAGCUUCAUCGGCGAAGGCGAAUAGGCGAAGCAAGGGUAAGCGGCUCCGUACGCGAGGACUUGGAGUCUUGGCCCCAUCCCCAAAGCGCGUGGCGGUGACGCGGCUACCGCUGCAUGGACCGGUACGAGUGAGGCCGCCGUCGGAGGCGCGGAAUGACAUUGCCGGGGAGGGAGUACCACGGGGCUCAAGGCAGGGCCAGGGAGACCCGGAGCGUGAAGAUAGGCGGAGCGCGGCGCGGUUUAUCAGGCGGUACGGCAUGGAAGGCUGGAUGCAACUGCUGCGCGAAGAACUCCAGGAAGAGGGAGAGGGGGAGCAGCAGCAGCAGUUGGGCGAGGGGCCGAACGUGGGGCCUCGAGGAAAGCAGCCCAACAACGCGGGGGCAGCCACAAUGCACCAGGUGGCCGCUGCUGGCCCGGUAGGGCAGCCAGCGUUUUACAGCGUUGUCACAGAAAAGGACGUCCAGGAGGCUCACAGCCGCCGUAAGGAGGCACUUAGGGCCGCUCGGAAGGCGCUGAAUCUCGAGGAGGCGGACCGCGUCCCCAACGCCCAGCUGUGGGCGACCGUCAUGGCCCAGGCUGGGGCCAUGACGGAAGGCCCAUGCGGGCUGCGGGUGGUGAAAUCNCGCGGUAUCGGCGAUGCUGGAGCAGGCGGAAGAGGCGGUUGUAGACGCUUUGGCCAAUGGGGCCCAGGGCUGGCCGUUUUGGAUUACAUCAACUCCAGCCUCACUUGCGAGCUGCCUCCAGCUCCGGAACCGUCCAAGUGUCCUGGGUCUGGCUGUAGCGGCAACGGUUUGUGCCUGGCGAAUGGCAGGUGCAUGUGCUACAGCGGCUUUAGCGGUGCGGACUGCAGCAACAUCACGUAUGUGGAAGUGUACAACUGCGGAUACAAGUGUACCUUCGAUCAGGGCUGGUGUAAUGUGACCACCAUCAAGAAGAAGACCCGCACCUGGUCCUGCACCUGCAAGCCCAACAUCACCGGACUCACGUGCAGCAUCAACUCAUGCCCCAACGGCUGUAGUUGGAAUGGUGCGAGGGAGGUGGCUGUGUCUCUUGUGUAUGUGGGGGUGGGGUGA